UGCGUCCCUGUGGAGGAAUGUGCGGAAAGUUGUGUCCACUUUCCUCCGUUCGCUGUUCGUCGAAGGGCGAAAAAAACUACGAAGCUGGAAGCAAAAGUCCUGGAAAAGUUGUGUAGAGUCCGGACGUGAGGAGCCGCUUUCCAUCGGUCGAGGUGAAGCGCUGAACUCCACAUGGCCGCUCAGCCCGUGUUCUCACUCGACAUGUUUCCCGUGGGCGUUCCUCUGAUGGAGGAUGGGCAGAAUCUCAGCGACAUGCCCAGGAACACGCUGCCCGCCCCUCAGCUGGUGAUGCUGGCAAACGUGGCGGCGGUGACGGCCGCGGAGGGCGGCGGCGGCUGUGACAGUGAGAAGGAGAUGAUGGAGCUGAAGACGGUGGGAGGCAGCUACUCGGACAGCGAGGACGAGAGCGUGAUCAGGUACGGCUACGAGAACCAGAACCAGAGAGAUGUCUGUAUUGAUAAGUAUCCUGAGACUCUGGGCGCAGACAUCUGCGCCGUGGUUGUUGGAAAUGGCACGGAGGAGAACGAGGGUGAGGAAGACAAAGCCGAAGACUUGUCCUGCCAGCCUCAGCCCCACCCCUCCACCGGCACUAAAACUCCUCCCCGGAGCACCAAACGCAAAGAGGGCUUGCCUGCUGUGACGGAGGGCGCGAAGAAGAAGAAGCCGUUCCACUGCAAACCAUGUCACUUCCAGGCGGAGAACGAGCAGGAGUUCGUGGAUCAUCUGAGCAGCCACAGCAUCAGCAAGAUGAUGGUGGUGAACCGGGUGGAGGGGCGGAGCAAAACCAAAGCCAAGGAGGCAGAAACACCUGAGGCCCCGGCCAGUGGGGAGGCAGAGAGCGGAGGGGAGGUGGCGGCCUCUGCAGAUGACAUCAAAGGGUUGAUCAGGUGUGAGCGCUGCGGCUACAACACCAACCGAUACGACCACUACAUCGCCCACCUGAAGCACCACAACAAAGAGGGUGAAGACCACAGGGUGUUUAAGUGUACUCUGUGCCCAUACACCACCGUCAGUCAGUACCACUGGAGGAAACACCUGAGGAAUCACUUCCCCAGCAAACUGCACACCUGCAGCCAGUGCUCCUACUUCUCUGACCGCAAGAGCAACUACAUCCAACACAUUCGGACUCACACUGGUGUUCGUCCUUUCCAGUGCCCAUACUGCGACUACUCAAGCUCACAGAAGACCCACCUGACCCGACACAUGAGGACUCACUCAGGUGAGCGUCCUUUCAAGUGCGAGAGUUGUACCUACCUGGCGGCCAACCAGCACGAGGUGACCCGACACGCCAGGCAGGUCCACAAUGGCCCCAAACCUCUUUCCUGCCCCUACUGCGAGUACAAGACUGCAGAUCGCAGCAACUACAAGAAGCACGUUGAGCUCCACCUCAACCCUCGUCAGUUCCUGUGCCCCCUCUGCAAGUAUGCUGCCUCCAAGAAAUGCAACCUGCAGUAUCACAUCAAGUCUAGGCACUCUGGCUGCAACGUCGCCCUGGACGUUUCCAAAGUCAAGCUGCGAGUCAAGAAACCAGGUCCAGAGAGUGCAGAAGAAAAGUCUGACUCCGGAACAAAUAAUUUUGAAAAUUCAUCCGGCAUUGAGGAAGACUUGGACAUGGACAAGGGUGACGAAGAGUCGAGUCCCAUCAAUCUGUCAAUCAGAAAGAGCAGUCGGCCCAGCAUUGGCCAGCCGGUACAGACUGAAACACCUGACAAGGUUCAGAAGAAGUCCACCGUCACCUCUGAGAAACUACCAAAGGCGAAGGACAAAGUGGAACCAGAGAAAAAGGCCACAAGACAGAAGAAGGCUGAGAAGCUCACUGAGAGUCCUGUAGAGAACGCAUCUGUUAAAGAAAUCCAGACGGGGACAGCGAGUGUAGAGAACAAGGUGAAGAGACGAGUCAAGAAGCUUCCAGCAGAGAAAGUAGCAGUCCAGGACCAAGCAGAAGCACCCAUACCCCAGAAAGACCCACCAGAGAUGGAGAAAUCUGACCAACACAGACCAGAGGAAGCAAGAUCAGCCAGGCAGAAGUCAGACAAGGAGGAACAAAAGGUGAUGCCUGAGAAAGAGAGAGAAAAUAAGAAGAAGGACAACAAAAAUGGCAACAAGGCCAGAAGGUCUGGCUCAAAGAAGUCUGAGAAGACAGCAGAACAUGUCAGAGAAGCUCCACAGAAACCCAAGCCUACAGAGAAAGCUCAGAAGGAAAAGGUGGUCAAGGAAAAGGCCUUAAAGAGGAAAGCGGGGGAGGCUUUAGACCUUUCCAGCAAGCCCUGUACUCCAUCCAAGAAGAGGAGAUUGAAAGCCUCAGCUGUGGAGGAGCUUCAGUGUAAACCUGCCUCAGAAGACACCAGAAAGGUAACAGAGUCCAGUCUGACAGCACACAAGUCCAACAGGGCAACACCUGCAAAGCAGAAGAAGACCAGGAGCUCCAACAAGAAAGCCACCAUCCCUCAGCCUGCUGCAGAUCCAGCAGAGGAUGGACCAUCCUCAAUCAUCAGUCCGUCCUCAGAGGCUCCUGAAGUUUCUUCUCAUCUGGACAACUUGAAGGAAGCCACUCACAGCAACCUGACAGAGCACAGCCCUGCAAAGACAAACACCUCUGCAAGUACACCUGCUCCACCAGAGCCAGAAAAGAGUCUGAACAAACCCUCAGAGGAGACAGAUGUUUCACCUGGCUGCAGCUCCAGUGAGGCCACGCCUUCUCCUGCUGAAGACCGGCCUGCGCCAACAUUCCUAAAACCGAAGUCACCGCCUUCUCUGGUGCUCCCAGGGCAGCGAAGCAAACCUGCCGACCCCGAGGACGACGAGGGCAUUCACAGCAGCCACGAGGGGGGAAGUGACAUCAGCGACAGCGCCUCUGAAGGCAGCGACGACUCUGGCCUCAAUGGUAACGGCGCCGGGUUGACUAAGAUGGCUAAUGACCCGGAGACACCCACCGAUGAGAUCCCGACACCGACGGAGCUCAAGAGUCACACGUGCAUCUUCUGCGACCGCACGUUCCCCCUGGAGGUGGAGUACCGGCGCCACCUGAACCGCCACCUGGUCAAUGUCUACUACAUGGACAGCAGUGCCACAGCCCAGAAAUGAGCAGCUGUGUCCAGCACAUUGUGCGUCGUUGUCACCCGUCUCUGCUUAUAAGUACAAACACUCCAGCUGCAUGAAAUAAGACUUCACGAACACAUCAGCACAACAAAGGUCUCAGCAUUCGGGGUCCGAGCAUCGACUCUUCGCCUCACUGAGGGUGAAUCCAUCAACAGCCGCUGAUUCUGUAUCACCAGAUUUGGUCUUGCUUGUGCUCAGUUUCCAAAGCUUUGAUUGGCUGAUCUGAAAGCCUCCCAGGACUGUGACCGAUGUGGACUCCUGGAAGAGGCCUCGGGGGCCUGAGUUCAGGUGCUCGGACCCUGUUGUGCUUCAGCCUGUCUGUAGGGUCAGUUUGUGUAAAUGCGCUCUUCUCUCUUCAGAUCGUGCAACCUGAACUCUGCUGUAGGAGAUGCAACGAAUUUUAACAUAUCAAUUUUCGUGACCACCACAGAACAUCUGGAGACCUCACUUGUUUCCCAUUUUGAAGUCCAUCAGUUUCCUAAAGUCUCCAUGUAAAAAAAAAAAAAAAUUUUUCUAUUGUAAAGUGGAUUUUUUUCCCCAUUUUUUAAAAACAUUUAGUGCCUUUGACAAUCAGCUGUUGAAAUGAUGCUUUGAUGUUUUUAUAUUUGUCGUCUGAAGGUUAAAAGUGUUUCUGUGCGUUCAGACCAAACAUGAAGCAAAGUCUCUGCAGUGACCGUCUGCUGGAAGAUCUCAGCUGAUUUAUGUAGAAGACGGCUUGAAGCAGAUCUGUUCACCUCCAUCUUUGCUGCACUUAAUCUUCACUUCGCGUUUGGUCUAAACGCUGUUUCACUGUGGAGCUUUUGGGCCACUUUAUGGAAAAAAAAUGAAACAAUAUUUUGUGUUUCCAAAAACAAAAAAAUGAAGCUGAAGCAUUGAGCAGGCUUCAGUCCACACAGUAUACCUACUAAAGCCAUUGGUGCCAUCCAGCUUCAGUUUAUCCUGAGAGCCCAUUUGCCACAAAAGGUUAGCACCUGAGCGCCACACCUUCAGGAUCAAACACCGAUGAAGUGUCUUCCUGUUUCCUGUGGUGCCCCCUCAGUGUUUCAGGCAGAUGGAACCACUGAUAUCUGUGCAUUAGCAGCUAAUGCGGCUAAUGCUCCUCCUCCACAUGAAUUUUUUUCCUUGAUGUGGCCCUGAUACCACUGUGUGCCAUUUUUGUCUUGUGUUUUGGAAAAUGGUCAAACAGAACAGUGCUGCAGAUGUUUGCAGAUGUUUUAGAGGAAAGCUGCUUCUUUGAGAUGUGAUUGGUUAAAGGCGUGGUCAUUACCCCGGCUGUUGUAAAACAUUCAAUUCCAUUAAUGGUUAAUAGUUUCAGUGCAAUAUUCCUGUCAGUGGAAACGCCAAAGUGUUUUCUUUCCAACUGCACGGAUCUCCACCUGAGGACCAUCAUCAUCAUCAUCAGCGGCUCAUUUUUAUCAGAUAAAAUCAGCAUCGAGUUGCUGUCAUUGAAGGUUUCUCUAAGCAGCAGCUUGUGUAGUUUGUGUUGCUGCAACGUAACGAUGAGGCUGGUGUUAUUUUAUCUUUUCUGUAAUCAGAGGUUUUCAGUCCCCCUCAUCGAGGGACAAAUCUGCCCAAACGUAACGUUCUUACCUUUUCACUAAGCCGAACUGCGCUGUGACAGCGGAAAAUCGUUUUCUUUAAAAAAGGAAAUUAAAAUGAUCGGACUGCUUACAGACGGCUGCCUGUUGACACUACGUUUACUUCAGCCCAAAAAUCCGUCCAGCAGAUCCUGAAGAAGCUGCUCCUGCUCGCUCGCUCAGGAAUCAGAAGGUUUUCUCACCUCUGCAGACUUCAUAUUUCACUUUAUGUUUUGAAGCAUCAACUUCAGCAUUUUGGCCACCACCACGUUGGUCUUUAGAAGCCAGGUGAAGGUGGGGGUUUCAGCCGAUCUGCCGUUUUCAGCACUUCGUUUUUCCGGCCCUGAAGCUCGCCGGUUUCUGCUUCACGCUCGCAGGUGUGCAGCUAAAUAUGAGCGUAACUGAUGACACAGAGCAGAUAAAAUAACACCACCUUUAUGGUUGUAGAAGUUUUGCAGUCUAACAGGAUGAAAUGUGUUUUUUCUGUCAGGUUUAGAUCAAAUAGAAAUGUUUGAUGUUACUGUGUGCAGGUAGAGGGCGCUCUUCAGCUAAAAACUAACCGAUUUAAAUAAGCUUUAAUCUGUAACGUACUUUCUUCUGCUUUUUUGUAAAUAAAGGUUUCCAAACACUA